AUGGGAAAUAUAAGAAGUGAUGGAACAGCUGAAUCAUCAGAGGCUCAAAUGAGCCACAUGGAACAAAUGCUUGCAGCUUUAACUGAGGCAAUAACUCAACAACAGAGACAACAACCCUUACCUCCUCCGCCUCUACCAGUACAAGCUGAACCAGAUAACAGUGAUAUUAUCAACUUGACCCAGAAGUUCACGAAAAUGAAACCACCAACUUUCUUAGGUGGUACUGAGCCAUUAAAGGUAGAAUCAUGGCUGCUUGAGAUGGAAAAAUUAUUUAACGUCUUUCCUUGCUCUGAGACCCAAAAGGUUCUUUUGGCCAUCUAUACCUUAAAAGACGAAGCUCGGAGAUGGUGGUUACUGAUUCAGAAUACCAAUGGAAAUAUGACAUGCGCUCGAUUCAACGAAAUCUUUUAUGACAAGUACUUCCCUCAGUGUUUUCGGGACCAAAAAGUAUCUGAAUUCCAAGAACUCAAGGAAGGCAGAAUGUCUGUAGCUGAGUACGAGGCUAAGUUCACUGAGUUAGCCAGAUUCGCUCCUCACAUGGUGGACACGGACUAUAAGAAAGCUCGCAAAUUUGAGGGAGGAUUGGACUUAGAUAUAUCUGAUCGUGUAGGCGUAUUAAAGUUGCCAACAUACGUGGAGGUCCUUGAUAGAGCCCUCGUGGCUGAAGCCAACUUGGCCGCAAAGAAACAAACUAACGCUCUGACAACUGAAUGGAGGGGUAAGAGAUUGGGAUCUAAUUUUAAAAGAGGCCGGUCAUUCUCAAAGAGGCAGAAUACAAGAUCUUACAAUAGCUCAAGCCAAAGUAGUGGAUCUGCACCGACUUGCCUAGAAUGUGGUAGGAAACAUAUGGGGGAUUGUAAUCGAACAACGGGUGCCUGUUUAAGGUGUGGUAAAAUCGGUCAUAUGAUGAAAGAUUGUCCUAUCAGGCUUGAAAACACUAACCGUCCAGCAGCAAGUUCAGCCGGAUCCGCUUCUGCAUCAAGAAUGAAUACAAAAGUUAACACCGGAAAGAAAACCUUAAGGCAAGGUUGA